AGGAUUCCGUUCGUUGAGUCGAGUCUCCCUUUUUUCUUUCCGCUCGCGCGUGAAGCGAGACCGGCUGUUUCAGUUGUGGAUAAACAGUGGGGGGCUGUUUAAUAAGAAGUUUUAACAGGGGAUAGAGCAGUUCGAGCCCCGCGCGCGCGCUAAUGGAGCCAGCGCGAGACGCUGCCCCGGAUUCGUGGGAGCAGGAGGAUGAGGGCAGCGAGGCCCCGCUCAUCGCUCCGCCCGGCCUCAGCGACGCCUUCAGCGGCCUCAACGUCAAGGCCAAGCCCUUCAUUCCGAACGUCAACGCGGCUGAGUUUGUUCCCGGAUAUCUUCAGAAACCGCAGACGGAACCCAUCGCCCCUGCAGCCGUGGUGGAGAAUGAUGGCUGUAUCGAGGUCUCAGAAACAGCCGCACCUCCUCCGCCUGUAGAGAACGGCUCCAGAGACGGAGAGACGGCAGCCGAGGACGAGAGCUGGGAGCGGAAGGGCGGAGAGGAAGACUCUCUCCAGGAGGAGGUGAUGGAGGAGGACGAGGAAGUGCCCACGCCGAAAGUGACUCCCACGCAGCCCAACGCGCCCAAGAAAGAACACGUCAACGUGGUGUUCAUCGGACACGUGGACGCCGGAAAAUCGACCAUCGGUGGACAGAUCAUGUAUUUAACAGGCAUGGUGGAGAAGAGAACUCUGGAGAAAUACGAAAGGGAGGCCAAGGAGAAGAACAGGGAAACUUGGUACCUCUCUUGGGCCCUCGAUACAAAUCAGGAGGAGAGGGAUAAGGGUAAGACUGUGGAGGUCGGCCGAGCGUAUUUCGAGACGGAGAAGAAGCACUUCACCAUCCUGGACGCGCCGGGACACAAGAGCUUCGUCCCGAACAUGAUCGGAGGCGCGUCGCAAGCCGAUUUGGCCGUACUGGUGAUUUCGGCGCGUAAAGGCGAGUUUGAGACGGGGUUUGAAAAAGGCGGUCAGACGCGAGAGCACGCCAUGCUGGCCAAAACGGCGGGAGUCAAACACCUGAUCGUCCUGGUGAACAAAAUGGACGACCCCACUGUGAACUGGAGCUUGGAGAGAUACGAGGAGUGUAAGGAGAAACUGGUGCCAUUUUUGAAGAAGGUGGGCUUCAACCCCCGGAAAGACAUUCACUUCAUGCCAUGUUCAGGACUGACAGGGGCCAACCUGAAAGAACCAGCGGAGCACUGCUCCUGGUACACAGGAUUACCUUUCAUUCCACACCUGGACAGUUUGCCAAAUUUCUGCAGAUCAAGUGACGGACCAGUUAGGUUACCGAUCGCAGAUAAGUACAAGGACAUGGGGACUGUGAUUUUGGGAAAGCUGGAGUCUGGUUGCAUCAGUAAAGCCCAGCAGCUCGUCAUGAUGCCCAACAGGCACACGGUGGAGGUGCUGAGCCUGCUUUCAGACGAUGUCGAGACGGACGACGCGUCACCCGGAGAGAACCUGAAGCUUCGACUGAAAGGCAUUGAGGAGGAGGAGAUCCUGCCCGGCUUCAUCCUGUGCACCCCGGAGAACCUCUGUCACUCGGGACGCACCUUCGAUGCUCAGAUCGCCAUCAUUGAACACAAGUCCAUCAUCUGUCCGGGCUACAACGCGGUCCUGCACAUUCACUCCUGCAUCGAGGAAGUGCAGCUCACGGCCUUAAUUUGUUUGGUGGACAAGAAAACGGGCGAGAAGAGCAAGACGCGACCUCGCUUCGUCAAACAGGACCAAGCGUGCAUCGCUCGCCUCCGAACCGCUGGGACCAUCUGCCUCGAGACGUUUAAAGACUUCCCCCAGAUGGGCCGGUUCACCCUGAGGGACGAAGGAAAGACCAUUGCCAUUGGGAAAGUGCUGAAGCUUGUUGCUGAGAAAGACUGAAAAGCUCUAUGUGCACGUGAGUGCGUGGGUGUGUCGUGGGGAAGCCGAACGUGGAAGAGAGGUUGGUGUGUGUUGCGGCAGGAGCAGCACCGUUUUCCCGGCCUUCCCGCCUUCCAGAAGAACCAGCUCACAAAAAGCAAAACAACUUCUUUAACAAGAAAUUUUGUUUUUAAGCAAAGAAAAAAAUUAAUAAAAAAAGAAAAGAAAUCCAAGUCCACAUGUUGUCAGCUUUCUCAUAUUGAGAGCUCAGCAGUGCCAUUUUUUUUUUUUUUUUUUUUUUUUUUUACAAUUUUUUCCUUUCCUUUUAAUUCACCAGACUUACAGAAGAUGGUUGUGUUUAUUGUAGUUUCUUUUUUUAAAAAUGAUUUUUCUUUUCUUUACACCAGAGGAGUACAGUUUGCAGCGAAUACGCUGUUAUAAUAAUAAUAAUAAAGAUGUGGACCAGAGGUAACUUGUGUAACAGAAAGGUUUAAAAAGUUUAACCAGUCAAAGCCGGAGAGGAAGAAAAAAAAGAAAAGAAAGAAUUAAACCUCAGUAUAUCACGGUCGUAUUGUCUCCCUUCGCUUACACACACACACACACACACACACUUUGAGUUUUCUUCUCGUCGCAUUCUUGCAGAGCGCACGAGCGUGCUCACGUGUUAUUAAAGCAAACUUCUAUGAAAAUAAAAAAUAUUAAAUUGGGAAAUUCUUCUUUUA